AGGGAAGGGCCGGGGCGGGGCCGGGCCCGGCGCGGGAGUGCGGGGCAGCCGGCAGAGUUUGGUCCUCGGGCUGGUUCCUCUUCCUAGGCAUGGCUCCGCGCUGUUGGCGCUGGUGGCCCUGGUCGUCAUGGACUCGGACUCGGCUGCCUCCUUCCAGGAGCAUCCAGAACUUCGGCCAGCACUUCUCCACACAGGAGCAGACCCCCCAGAUCUGUGUGGUCGGCAGUGGCCCAGCUGGCUUUUACACGGCCCAGCACCUGCUAAAGCACCACUCCCGGGCCCACGUGGAUAUCUACGAGAAACAGCUGGUGCCCUUUGGCCUGGUGCGCUUUGGCGUGGCGCCUGACCACCCGGAGGUCAAGAAUGUCAUCAACACCUUUACCCAGACGGCCCGCUCUGACCGCUGUGCCUUCUACGGCAACGUGGAGGUGGGCAGGGAUGUGACCGUGCAGGAACUGCGGGACGCCUACCACGCUGUGGUGCUGAGCUAUGGGGCAGAGGACCAUCAGGCCCUGGAUAUCCCUGGUGAGGAGCUGCCUGGUGUGUUCUCGGCCCGGGCCUUUGUGGGCUGGUACAAUGGGCUUCCUGAGAACCGGGAGCUGGCCCCAGACCUGAGCUGUGACACCGCCGUGAUUCUGGGGCAGGGGAACGUGGCUCUGGACGUGGCCCGGAUCCUGCUGACCCCACCCGACCACCUGGAGAAAACAGACAUCACUGAGGCUGCCCUGGGAGCCCUGAGACAGAGUCGGGUGAAGACGGUGUGGAUCGUGGGCCGACGUGGACCCCUACAAGUGGCCUUCACCAUAAAGGAGCUUCGGGAGAUGAUUCAGUUACCAGGAACUCGGCCCAUGUUGGAUCCUGUGGAUUUCUUGGGUCUCCAGGACAGAAUCAAGGAGGCUGCUCGCCCAAGGAAGCGGCUGAUGGAACUGCUGCUUCGAACAGCCACGGAGAAGCCAGGAGUGGAAGAGGCUGCCCGCCGGGCAUCAGCCUCCCGUGCCUGGGGCCUCCGCUUCUUCCGAAGCCCGCAGCAGGUCCUGCCCUCGCCAGAUGGGUGGCGGGUGGCAGGCAUCCGCCUGGCAGUCACCAGACUGGAGGGCAUUGGAGAGGCCACCCGGGCAGUGCCCACUGGGGACGUGGAGGACCUCCCCUGUGGGCUGGUGCUGAGCAGCGUUGGGUAUAAGAGCCGCCCCAUCGACCCCAGUGUGCCCUUUGACCCCAAGCUUGGGGUCAUUCCCAAUAUGGAGGGCCGGGUUGUGGAUGUGCCAGGCCUCUACUGCAGCGGCUGGGUGAAGCGGGGACCCACGGGUGUCAUCACCACCACCAUGACUGACAGCUUCCUCACUGGCCAGAUUCUGCUGCAGGACCUGAGGGCCGGGUACCUGCCGUCUGGCCCCAGGCCGGGCUCUGCAGCCAUCAAGGCCCUGCUGGACAGCCGAGGUCUGGGCCCCAUGGGUCUGGCCCGUGUCUUUCUCGGACUGGGAGAAACUGGAUGCUGAGGAGGUGUCCCGGGGCCAGGCCUUGGGGAAGCCCAGAGAGAAGCUGCUGGAUCCUCAGGAGAUGCUGCAGCUGCUGGGGCACUGAGCCCAGAUCCCAGCCCAGCCUGGUGCAGAGAGAAGAGGAGGGUGACCCCAGAUCCUAGCCCUGCUUGGAGAAGAGAGGAGGCGCGCUGGGCAGCAGAGAGGCAUCGGGGUCAGCCUGAGCGGGACUCUGCACCCCAGCUGCGUUGUCUGCCCGUCCUGGCAUACGGCCCUGGCUGCCUCUUCUCCAGGGGUGUAGGAGCACUUUAUUGAGCCAGAAGGUCGCUCCUGCCAGUGUGGGUACUUUUCAGCAAGGAGAUAACCUUAGUUAGGGAUGGAGGCAGGUACAAGCUGACCUCCCUCCCUCCUGUCUCUCUCCUGCUGGACUGUGGAAGGUCCCCAGGUCAGGAAUAUGCUGGAAAUAAAGCACCUGCCACCUAGGGUCA